GUGAGGAAUCAGGAUGUACUAUAUAUGGCGGCAUGGACAGUAUACAUUCAGGGUGCGUUAUCUCCCCGAGACUCUCCACAUUCAAGCUCGUUCUAUCUCACCACAAGCAGUACCCAUAGCAAAGGCGAUCUUUCUGAGAAGCCCGGCCCAAAGGAUGGGUAGUGCAUCUAGCAGAGCCAUCGUCGACGCCGCCUGCUCUGAGGAGAUGGGGCCGAACCCAACUUUAGAGCAGCUGAAGGAGCUGAUCGUAACGCACGCCCGGGGACGCAGCGCCCGGGUGACAUCGCGUGGAAGGCAGGGGCAGCGAAGACUCAUGGUACUGGCAGAGAAACCACGAGGAGUAAUCGAGGGGCUUGAGGGACAAGUCUUUGGGAUGUGGACAUCGCUGCCUACCCGAUCUAUUCGACCUGUCGAAGUACCGACAGUGAGCGAGUUCGAAGCCGCAUUCGUGCGUCUGGGGUACAAACAGCACCUCGCCCACUUCGCGAUCACCGGCUCUACCGCGAAGGACAGGCUCUCGCUCCUGAGCGCCUCCCUCAGUCGUAGAAAUGCGCACAAAGGCGAUCCGGACAUGAUCAGCACCUCCGUGACCACAGCGGCUGGCACACAUCGUUUCACCAGCCUCGACCACCCCGUCGUCUUUCACCUUAUCCCCACUUUGGAGAAGCUGUCAGUCCCGGGCUGGCAAUUCUUCAAGGACAAGGGCUUCUAUUUCUUUGACGCAUUCCUGGUUUUGCUUGACCAGGAAGGCUCAUUCACGAAGUCGGAUCUGGCCAUCCUAGAGGGCUGUGCGCACUUCGACAUACCGUCAUACAUCGUCUGUGCAGGCAAGCACACUGAUCGUUUGUUGGUCGCCCUUUUCCCGGAUGGCUCGAGGAGUCAACGGGUCAAGAUCGGUCAGAAUUCGGCGUUGUGGCAGAACGCUCGUAGUCACUACAUGCGACCCACGAAGGAAGCUGUCGAGGAGGCGCUGAAGGACGCCGGGCUUCCAGCACAGCCGGUGUACUUCGUCGAGGAGUUUGUUCUUCACGCUGUCAUCAACGGCAGCGGAACGCAGGUUGGCUCUGGAGAGGCCAAGCUGCCGCGGGGCAACUUUCAUGAAUGGGAGCUAUUAGGAGAUAUUUGCGAAGAUGUACGUCGCAGACGGGUGUUGAAUUUUGACUCCAGUAGCGUAGCUGAAGUCACGCCGCUCCUGAAGUCCAGGGAUUGAUGGUUUCGGGCUAUGUAUACAGUUGUAACGUUUCGUCGCACGCGCAAUGAUUGAGUAGGCA